AUGGGACAGCGACUAUCUCGUAGAGAGAAAGUGAAGGGAGGAGGUGAGUGUGUGCACGGGAUAAAUCCCUGUACUACACUGACAUCCACCGACCACAAGGCGGAGCUCCAUCCUCGUCCUAACGAGACGCCUGAUGGUAUCGGUGAGGGAGGCGGGCAGGAGAGAGGGGGAGAGAAAACUAAGAAUAAGAGGCAGAAAAAGAGGAGAUUUCGGAGGUUUGCCUCUUUUUUCUGUUGUUGUUCUCGCCCCAAAUCCACCAAAGCUCGGGAUGAGCAGGUGGAGCAGGGUGAGGUGGACCAGGACACUGAUGAGGGCCCCUCCAGGAGGUGUACUGAUGAUCAGACUUCUAUACAGGAAGUCAUCUGUACUGUAGAGGACAGUGAUCAUCAGGAACCUCCUUCCAGUAGUCCUGAAGUCCCACACACUGCCGAAAACCAGCAAGUGGAGGACGUCCAGCCUCAAGAUCAGGACAGUCCGGCCAGUCCAUCAGCAGGUGAAACUGGAUCACAUCUGCCGAGACAGCUGGACUGUGAUGAGAUCAUGAGGAUCGAGGACCACAUUUGCUGGAGAUACACCAUUGGCAAGAAGUUAGGGGAAGGAGGAUUUGGCUCCGUCUUUGAAGGGACACGUUGCAAGGACGAUCUCCAGGUAGCUGUGAAAUUCACAGCGAAGACGGAGAAUGAGCCGUACAUCAGCCUUCCUGAUCAUCCCAGACCAGUUCCUCUUGAGGUGGCCCUGACACUCAUGGCCAAUCAAGGCCCCAGGUGUCGCCACAUAAUAGAGGUUCUGGACUGGCAGGACCAUCCCGACCAGUUCAUCAUGGUCUUAGAGCGACCCUCACACUGCAUGGACAUGCACAGCUUUUGGCUGCAGAAUGGAGGCCUCUUUUGUGAGGAGUUGGCGUGCCAUUUCAUGUGGCAGGUGAUUGACGCCGCCGCCGUGUGCUGUUCCCGGUGGGUGUUCCAUCGGGACAUCAAAAUGCCAAACCUCUUGGUCAACACGGAGACACUGGAGGUCAAAUUGAUAGAUUUCGGCUGUGGAGACCUCCUGAGAAGCUCGUCCUACAAAACCUACUCUGGGACAGCAAGGUAUUGCCCUUCUGAGUACUUUGAGAACGGCGAGUACUAUGGGAAGCAGGCAACAGUGUGGUCCCUGGGGGUGCUGGUGUUUGUCAUGAUCACCAGCCUUUACCCAGACAGCUGCAAUAUUGGUUUGAUGGACGUUGAUGCCUGGUUCCAGCCAGGCUUCUCAGAUGAAUGCUGCCGUUUUAUUCGAGGUUGCCUAAAGAGCAACCCAGAGCAGAGAAUCCACUUGGACGAGAUGCUCUCCCAUGACUGGUUCAAGGUCAUGGAGAGGGUCAGCCUUGCGUCUGGCGGGCUGACACAGAUGGCCACUCCAUCCCUUCAGCCUUAGUAUCUUGCGGGGCUGGCAGGCCUCGGUUGCGUCUGGCGCCUUGGCUUGAGCCAGUAGUUUUAG